UUACAUUGGUGGUCAGUUGGAAGAAUGUCCCUUACAUUGGUGGUCAGUUGGAAGAAUUUCCCUUACAUUGGUGGACAGUGAGAAGAAUGUUCCUUACACCAUGGUCAGUGGGAAAAGUAUUCCUUAAAUUGGCGGUCAUUGGGAAAAAUUCCUCUAACAAUGGUGGGUUGUAGAGUGUGAAAGAAUGAGGAUGAAGUGGAGGGUGGUCAGUGGAGAAGUGUUCCUGUACAUUGGUGGUCAGUGGAGAAGCUCCUCUUAUACUGAAGGUCAUUGGAGAACUGUUGCCUUACAGUGGUGGCCAGUGGAGGAAGGUGUCCUCUUACAUUGGUGGUCAGUGGAGAAGCUCCUCUUACACUGAAGGUCAUUGGAGAACUGUUGCCUUACAGUG